AUGUAUGCCACACUCUCACACACCGAGACUUUAAAUGUUUUGUCUGACAACAUGAACUGCAUCUUCGUUAUCCUCCUCAUGGGCUUUCAAGGCAUUGACUCCAUCACCUCAGUGAAAAGGGUAGAAGUGAAAGUGGGACAGACCCUCAUCAUCCCCUGUCUUUAUGAGGCAAAACAAAAAAGAUACCCUAAGUUCUUUGCAUAUUAUGAUGUGUAUGAUGGCUGGCAACGGUCAGUGAACACCAAUGGUUAUACAUCAUCAGAUAGAUUUUCAAUUUCAGAUGAUCCCAUCCAAAAUGUCUUCACCGUGACAAUGCGAAACAUGAAAUGGAACGAUACACACAGAUAUAGAUGUGGAUAUGAGGGGCUUGUAUACCCUGAAGCGGAAUUCGACUUAUCAGUCAAAGUUUUUCCAGGCCUCAGUGUUAGCAGCCAAUAUGUGACUAGACAUGUGGGGGGGAGUGUGGCCAUUAAUUGCAACUACAGCAGCGGAUAUCGGCAGGAGAAGAAGUGGUGCAGGAUCGGUGGCAACUGUGCUGGUUCAUACUACAACCACAACUACUACUACAUCAACUACAACCACAUCUGGGGACUGUCAGUGAAGUUGAGUGGUGAUGACUAUUAUGCCAGUACAGGGGUGUUAAAGGUGACUCUAAAAGAUCUUCAAGAGAGUCACACCGGCUGGUACUACUGUUCUGUGGGAGAUCUACAGAUGCCUGUACACGUUGCUGUCAUACAGAACACAACUACACUGGAAACAUCAACCAAACCUUCAAUCAACACUUUUGAGACAACCUACACAGUUGAUGCUGUGCCCUCCACCUCAUCUGCAAACCAGACCCAUCCUCAGACGGCCUCCAACCUGCCUCAUCUGUUAGGUCUGUUGGGGCUGUUGCUGUUAGUGAUCAUCUGUGGAUCUGUUACGCUGGCAAUCCACCUGAGGAAACGCAAGCAUACAGGUCCAGGGGUGCAAACAGACACAAGAGACAGAAGUGAUGGACAUAUGGUUUCCAGAGAGGACUCUGAGGAGGCUUCUUACACCAAUAUCCCCAUGACCACUAUGCAGGCAGGUGGCGGACAAGAUGGUGUUUCUCCAGCACUGGAAGAGCACGCAGCAGAUGCCUAAGAAAGGCUACAUUUAUGGGUUUGGUGCCAUCUCUUUUCUGUGAGCAACACACACAUAAAGAAAGAAACGAGCAGAUCAUAUCAUUUUCAAUAGUGCUUGCCAGC